AUGAUAGCUAAGGUCUUCUUCCUCUGUGGCACCCUAGUGCUGGCGGAGUCAGACCUGCAUUCAAGAUACCCUGGGCAUCCAGAUCACAAGCAGUGGCCCCAGGACCACAAGAUGCUAACAGACCCACAGCCAUCUUCUUGGCCAGAGGAAUAUUGGGGGAAGGAACACAUCAGAGAAGAAGUCCUCCACCCGGCUGCCACCAUUGUGACUGAUGAUGUGAAGGAUUAUGAUGAUACCAGAGAACAUCAACCUCAUCAUGAGUAAGUAUCGGCCAAAAAGACUUUCUGUGACAUCUAUGUUGCACCCCAUUCAUGAGUAGACACAUAGAAGGUUGCCCUGAAUAUGUCAGCUUCACUCAGAAUAAGUCACAUUCACCAGGGUAAGUGUGUAUAGGAUUGUAUUCAUAAGGAAAUAAUUCUGGAAUUAGAAGGAUAGUUGGAGAUUUUAGAUAUGCAUUCUAGGAAGGGGUGCAGUUUAUUCUAGAACGUCACUGGACCACACAGCCAUAGAUACGGAAGCAUCCCAUAUUUUUAAUUAUUCUUUUCAUCUUGUAAGCCUAUUAGCAACCAAAAGCAAACAAAUGGGUAUUAAUGGUAGCAAGGGAACGAGAUGGUUUGUUUCUGUUCAGUGCUUAGACCUAACUUGUGCAAGCACAUUAAGUUUUACAGCCAUUCACCUACAGUUUAAACACACACACACAUACACACACACACACAAAACUGAUGAAGAGCUAGCCUUGGCUAUUAUUUGUAAUAUUUAGUGAAACUGGAAAUGUAUUUGUUAUAGUGAUUUAUAUUUCACCUUUUACUCGAGGUGGCUCACCAUUUGAAAACAGAAGCAAUCAAAUUCGGAAUAAAGCAAACAAGAAAUUAUUAAACAGUGUCAGUGUAAAACAGGGCAGAAGAGUUAAAUGUGCUGUAGAACUUGGAGCGUUGUUCAGCUAGAAUCAAUUACUGAUAUGUCUUUCAUGUUGACUUAUUCAUCAAAAUCAAUGGGAUGUGCCGUGUAAUCCUAUACAUGUCUGCUCAGAAGUAAGCCCCUUGGAGUUCAAUGGGAUUUACUUCCAGACGGGGUUGGCCCACCCAUAAAGUGGAAUCCCAUGGGGCUGCACCCCUAUAGGUGCUCUGCUACUGCCACAGAAGGAGAAGCAGCUGCGGCAGUUCCUGGCAAGGUCUCGUGAAAUCUCAGGGCUCCCCAGUACAUUUCAAAGAUGUCCAGGGCAUGUAAAGAGGUCCUUGGCUGAUGAGAUAUAAAAACCAAUGUAGAAAGCUUAAUGAAUUUUUCAUUGCAAUACCUCUUAGUGCAGAGCUGUGCCUGCAGCAGAAGCAGCCGCAGCAACAACAACCAACUCUUUAUAUUUACAACUCUGUGCUGCUAAUGUUUGGUUCCUUUGCUUUGAAAGUCUCAGUUACUAUAGGUAAGCACCCACCUUAGCUGAGAAAUGUGGAAAGGGAAAUGUGGAAAGGAAAUGUGUUUGUGUCUCUUACCAUCUUAGCUUACUGGCUCUCCAAAAAACAUGGUCUCCAUAUUGUGUUUGCUGUGCUCCAUUGUGCUCUCUACCUUCUGAGGUAUGUUCAACAUGGUUCCCCUUCUGUGUUUGCCGAGGGUUUAAGGGUUCUCAGAACAUGGGCUCAUGGGAGAGGGUGGAUAGAACAUGGGACUCUUAAUCUCAGGGUUGUGGGUUCCAGUCCCAUGUUGGGUGAAAGAUGCAGGAGGUGGGACUAGAGAUGACUCUUGUGGUCCCGUCUGUUGAGAUGUACGGCAGCCCCAUAUGAAGCACUCGAGAGUCAAGCUGCAUUUUAAGCAGGGCUUUAUUCCAGUUGCAGUCUUGCAUCAUCAUAAAGCAGUCUUCUUACAUCCAGGAAUCAGCAUACACAGGUGGUAUUACAUACAGAGGAGAAGUCAACCAUACCUUUUUAUACUAGCUAGCUAUAAACCAGUUAGGCAACACCCCGUGUCUCCUAAGGCUGACCCAUCACACGAUACUGAGUCAGCAUUUCCACUUAGCACAGAGUGUAACUCCUUGAUAUUCACAACACUCCAACUACGGUUCUACGAAGAGGCACAAUGCAGCCACUGGUGUGCAGAGAAUAAGUGUGCCAAGUUCUGAAGGAGAAAUUUAGCGCGUGUGCACACAAUCCACACAUAGACUGUGUCCCCACAUCAUAUUAAGCCAUAAACUAUCGCUUAGUGUGCACCUACUUCAUUCCUCCCUGCUCAUUCUGAAAGGAAACAAACCAAGAUUUCUGGCUUGGCAGAGAUUGUGGUUUGCUUUGGGUCAUCUCAUGCCAUUGAUGAAAUGCUGGGGUGUUGGGAGUAAAAGCAACAAAGUUUGUAGUUGUUUACCUGAACUGGGCUGGGUCUAUAGACGGGCAACCUGUUUUUCCUCCUGUUGGUUCCUUCUUUGGUAGCUACUUGUUGGCAUGUGCAUUACUUCUUUUCAGGCUUAUACUUCCUUCUCCUUCUCCAGUCAGACUUUCUUAGCUUUUCCUAGUGUUCCCUUAACCUCAUGACUCCAUAGUGGGCACACAUGAGCCCAGGAUGACAUUGUUUGCAGAAGUUAAUAAAAGUUAACUUCCUUUUAUUCAUUCAGGCAGCAGUCUUACCAGACUACUUUCUGCACACAGCUGCAGUAUAUUUACCAAACUCCAACGAAUGAUACAUACAAUGUUUUUUCAAGUUGGUUGGCCAGGGGUGCCUCAGGACUUAAAAGAAAUCUGAUUGGAAAUCCAUAACAAUAUAAAGCUACCUAUUGGUCCAUCCCACUGAGCACGGUCUACUCCAAAUGGCAGAGUAGAUCUAAGCCUCCAAGGCACCAGGUAGAUAUUUCUGGUCCUACUACCUGAGAUCUUUUUACCAGAGAAGCUGAGGGAUGAAAUGCAGAAGUCUGUGUGCAAAGCAUGUACUCUAUUGCUGACCAAAGCCCCUUCCUCAAGAACUGCAGCAUCAAUCUGACCUCUGAUGAUGUGAUGUAUGUUACAUGCUGUGGUUGUGUUGGUGCUGCAAACCAGAAUUAUUUUGAUGACAUUUUGCUUGUUCAUGCAUGUGAUGAGUUGUGAAUCAUAUUGGCUGCUGAUCUUUGUUUAUCUUCACGGCAUGAUGAACAGGGCAGUUAGCUGCGUUGACAUCUAAGUUACCCUGACGGAGCAUUUGAGACACUCCCUUCUUAAUGCGCCUGGAGUGGCUGACACCUGAGGACUGCAGGGCAGAUUCCUUGUGGGGAGAUCAGAAUCGGUUAACCUCAACUGUAAGGACUCAGCUUCUUCCUUCAACCCAUCCGCAACUACAACAGAGAAGCCACUCUUUAAAGAGAUGCCAGCACCCAGUGUCAUGAAACUAGCGCAGACUCAACCCUGAGGGUGUAAUUGUUUGUUGAGGCCAAAUACUUGGUGACGUGUGACACAUGGUUUGAGCUGUUUCUAAUUGUUUUAUGACAAGUUUCUUUGCACAUGCCGGUGCACACACACUCCCUAAUCAGAAAUGCCCAGGGCAUUCUUGGGUUGAAGACUGAAAUCGAGAAGGCAGCCAAAGGGGGAAAUGUCAUAGUAAUGAGUGAUUUAUGUAACCCUCACAGAAACUGGCUACAUGCCUGUUCUGGUUACCUCUAGUAACAUUUAUAUACACUCCUAAAUACUGUGCCCUGGAACAAUUGGUCAUGGAACCAAUCAGAAGAGAGGCAGCCCUGGGCUAGAUAACCCUCAUUGUCCCUUCCAGCUCUACAGUUCUAUGAGUCUAACACUGGACUUAAUCUUACCUGGUGGGAAAUGUAAGUAUUGUUGAACUGGUUGGAAACAGUGAAAAGAGACAAAAUUUCUAGACCUUACUCACAAACUAAAAAUGAACAAAUCACUGGGUCCAGGUGGUGUCUACCCAAGAGUUCUUUAAAAACUCAAAAGCGAAAUUCUCGACCUUCCAAGCAAACCACACGACUUCUCCCUAAAAUUGGCUUCUGCAUCUGAUGACCAGAAAGUGGACAUCAGUUUUUGAAAAGGGAUUUGAGAGGGGAUCUGGAAAACUACAGACUGGAUAGCUUAACGUCUGGUCUGGGAAAACUGGCUGUAAACACUGGACUCCAACUCCCAUGAGCCCCAGCCACCAUGGACCAAGGUCAAGGAUGAUGGGAGCUGUCCCGAACCUCUGGCCUGACCUGACGGCAAGUCAGUAUGUCAAGUCCCCAGACCAGGGUCAGUCCACAUGUCCAAGGAAGCACAGUCCCACAGAGAUCCUGGAGCAGUUGAACAGACACAGCACCUCAGCUCUGUUGCCCUUUUAUACUUUGAAUGCUGAUUGCAGCAUCUGGGAUUGACAAGGCAUGUGGUCCUCACCUGCUCCAAGCCUACUCCAGAUGAGGAAUCAUAGUCCAGAGCUAGCACGCCCUACCUGGCCAGCUUAGAGCUGGGCUGUGGGCCCCGGCCUGCCUCGGCCUCCUAGAGUGCUGCUGCUCCCAAUGCCUCAGAGUCUGCCGUGUUAAUGGAGAUGGGCCCCUCUGGCUCUGGUGAUGGGUCCUGCUGCUCUGGUUCCUGUGCACUGACCCCCAUCCCCUCGUCAUCAUCUGUCACCCUGUGAGUACUUCCUACACGAACCUCUCCUUCCCCAUCGUCAGCUUGCCCUGGUGUGUCCCAGUCCUGACUACACAACUUGCUGGCAUCCUCUUCCUCCUCUCUGUUGUGCUGCCAGUUCAUGGCGGGAACUAUCAUCUAGCAAUAUCUGGAGGGCAACAGUUUCCAGUUCAGUAGGAAAGAGUUGGCUCUUGUGCCACUCUAAAAACUGAGACCACCAGACAGUGGUGUCUUUGAGGGCAAUAGAGAAUAGCCAUCCUUCACUUCUAUGGAGAGAAAUUAAGCGCUGCUCUUGGAAUUAGCACUGAAUUGUGGGGGGAAACAAGCCCUGUGUUCUGUAAUGAACUUGCUUCUGUGAUUACCAUCUUUUCUGUUCUGGGAUUGAUUUUGUAUUUCCCUGCCCCUCCUCGCUGUUCCAAUUUAGUUCUACUAAUUGGAUUUCAUUGAUUAUGUAUGUAAACUGCUUUGAUAAUUUGUCACAGAAGUGGGAGGCGGCAUAUAAAUUCUCUAAAUAAAUAAAAAUAAAAGGUACGCACGCAUUCCCUCACGUACACAUCCGGCGGUUGUGAUGGUCUCCGUGUGGCUUUUGCACAUUUUCUAAGUUGAAAGGGCUUUCCAUGUUGGAAAUGCACCGUGUCUGAAAAGGCCUCAAGUGUAGGCGUGAGAGGAAACCAUUUCAGUUGCCAGAUGGAGACAUCCGUCGGCUAUAUAUAAAUCUAUCCCGGCCUUUGGAUGUUUUCCCACACAAGGUCAUAUACAAUGUUAUACUGUCGGCUCAUGUCUCACAACAGGUGGUUGGUUCAAUGUAUGUCUGGAGGAGGAGAAUCUGCUAUUUCAAUACAUUUUCCGGUAUUUUGCGAUUACAAAGAAGAUAUGGAAAGGAAGUUUGGUGAUGUGACCGGAUACAAGUUCUAAGAUCAGGAAAUUUUGGAACUCCCUCCCCCUUCCUCUAAAUCAGAAAUGGCUGUGCAGGCCCCAGAUGAGUGUCUAGACACAGAGGUGGGCUGGGUGGGAACUAAUAAACUGAGCCUGGAUCCUGGUGAGGUGGCAUCUCCGUGGGUGAGAGGGUUGCAGGUCUGGGAGGUCAUGAAAUUGCUGCUCUUGAAUGGAGCCACACUCUUCCUGAAGGAACUGGUGUGGAGUCUGGGGGUGUUCUUAGAUCCUGCACUAUCACAGUGUGGCCAAUGGUCAGGAAUGAUGGGAGCUGCAGUUCAGCCGCAUCUGACAGCCCACCAGUUCCCCAUCUCUGGAGGUUGGCUCUUGCUCAAAAGAGCAAAAUGCUGGAAUUCUGUCUUGUGAUGGUGCAUUCUGAUGAAUUCUGGUGUCAUUCAUUAUUUGUAUCUUGGGUCUUAUCCAGAUGAUACAUUUUUCAGUUGCGGAAGCUGCAUACUUCCUGAAAGACAAUGCAUUUUGUCACUGGACCGUUGUGGUUUCCGGGAUGAGCAAUCCUGACAUACUUUCACUCUGUUACCUUAUUUGGCCCGACUCUUGUCAUCAGUAGAAACAGGGACAAGCAGGCAGAGGCUGGAAUUGGGCAGUGAAAAUCGGUGUAUUAACCUGAGAAUCAAAUCUAGAAGAAAUUUUGCCUGUUCCUUAGAGCCACUGUGCUGGGGCUGUGCUGGGGGUGAUAGCAUUCUGAGAAAUGGUGUGGUGUCAAGAGAAAACCAUCUCGAAGCUUUUGUUUACAGUCUACCCAGGUGCUUCAACAAUGGGGAAUAAUGGGUUGUAAUUGUGAAUAUGUGUGCUCGAAGGCUUUGGAUAGCUGAUGAUUACUUGUUGGCAUCCAUCUGUCUCAGGAGACAAUGGAGCACGCCUCUGGGGGUGAAGUCAAGCAGCACCGAAGUGACCUCUCCAGGGUGCAAACUUGGGCAGUGUGGAUGGAGGUCCUGGGCUGCCCAGAUGACAAGACCACUCUUGGCCUCUGUGGGGUGGUCCAACGAAAAGCAGAGCAAUACUUUUGGCACCAGCUUGGCUGCAGGAGUUGCUGGAAAGAGAUGUACCAGGCACCAUCCAACCGUUUUAGGGACUCCACUCUGGGUUUGUGCAGGGUUUACUCUUCAGCCAUUUCUUCUCCCAAAGAUGUCCUCCAAGCCAGAGGAGGUUUAGGAUCAGAGUUUUCCUUCUCCUAGACAGGCUACCUUCCCAAGUUGAUGAGCCCUGAUGAUUAUGAGAUACCGGCAUAUCUCACCUGCUUGGGGGAGGGGAGAUAAACAGUUGGGGAGUUGGCGCUGAGUCUGAAUUUUUAUAGCUGAUGACAUACUUGAUGCCACUUUAUAAACUAGCAAUGGCAGGUUGGUAGCCUGUCCCCUACUGCAGCUGCGACAGGCCAGGGAGAACAUGAACAAAUGUGUUUUCAUUUUCUCUCUUCUCUCCCCCAGUUCAGACAAAUUCCUUGGGAGGCGGGUGGAAUAUUACAAUGCUAUAGGGGUUUUGAGGAAUGCAGGUGGUGCUGCGGUCUAAACCACGGAGCCUACGGCUUGCCGAUUAGAAGGUUGGUGGUUCGAAUCCCCGCAACAGGGUGAGCUCCCAUUGUUUGGUCCCAGCUCCUGCCUGCCUAGCAGUUCGAAAGCACACCAAAAAGUGCAAGUAGAUAAAUAGUUACCACUCUGGUGGAAAGGUAAACGGCGUUUCCGUGCGCUGCUCUGCUUCGCCAGAAGCGGCUUAGUCAUGCUGGCCACAUGACCCAGAAGCUGUCUGCGGACAAACGCCGGCUCCCUCGGCCUAUAGAGCGAGAUGAGUGCCACAAACCCAGAGUUGUCUGUGACUGGACUUACCGUAACUGUCAGGGCUCCUUUACCUUUUCAUAGGGGUUUUGACCGUGGGCUUUUCAGUUUUGUGUUUGUUGGCCUACACAUCCUUGGGCUCGAUUUGAAUAUUGAAAAUUGCAUAACUGCAGAGCUAGGCUAGGAAUGGCUACAGGUCUCCAAUAAAGUCACCGCAUAGGAAAUGGACCUUGGUGUGACCAUGGCCUGGUGCUUGUCACUGAGGAGGGAAGUCAGAAGCCAUGAAGCAAGAUUUAUUUCAGGUGCGGUGUUGUUAUCACACACUUGCACACAGGCUUCCCUGCUUUCGAUAGGCUGGCCAGAUCUUUAAUAUAAGCAGCUUCUCAUUUCCGACUGUCGCAUUUGGGUGAUAAAUGGGGGCUGCAGGAACUCUCCUAAGCGCUGGAAGCAGAUAAAAGCAGUGCGAAAAUCCCCACUGCUCUCCUUCUAGGGAAGCCAGAACAAUGCUCAGGCUUAAUUGCUUGUUUGCUUUGCUUGGUUGUACCGGAAAACAUUGGUAGUUCUAAUCAGGCCCCUUUUUCAAACCGUCAAGUUUGCACCAAAAGUGCUAAAAAACCCCCAAACCAAACAAACCCCACCCCUGUCUCAGGUAGAAGGGGGGAAAAAAUCACAGACACUGUGAUCUAUGUAAUCUAUCUGUCUGUCGUUUGUUUUGGUUUGUUUGUCUGUUUUUUUAAAAAAAUAUAUUGCAACACUUAGAGGAAGAAAACCCAUCUGGCAUUGAGUCCCUUGAACUUCAGCAGGGAAUGACGACAAGUCAGAAUAAGGCCCAAUGCUGUGAUGGGGUGAGGGGGGCAGGAUUCAGGCAAGGUUUUUUUCAUCUGGAACUCACCAGAACUCAGUUCCUGCACCUCACAGGUGGGCUUCGCCAUUACAGUGGUACCUCGGGUUAAGUACUUAAUUUGUUCCGGAAGUCCGUACUUAACCUGAAACUGUUCUUAACCUGAAGCACCGCUUUAGCUAAUGGGGUUUCCUGCUGCCGCAGCGCCGCCACUGCAUGAUUUCUGUUCUCAUCCUGAAGCAAAGUUCUUAACCUGAAGCACUAUUUAUGGGUUAGCGGAGUCUGUAACCUGAAGUGUCUGUAACCUGAAGUGUAUGUAACCCAAGGUACCACUGUAUAAGAGAACAAGGGCGGUGUUCAUGGUGAGUUCUGGCACCUCUUUCUAGAAAAAUAUCAAUGGGUUCAGGGAAUGGUGGGUCACUUGAAAUAGCUCUGUGGGCCUGAUCCAGUUUAUAGGCCGUGGGGUUCCUUGCUCCUGGAGUAGGCUGAAAUCAUCUCCACCUGGAGACAGACAAGGGAGAACUUGACAAGAAAAGCCAAACUGCUGCCAUUCCAUGGGGUAUCGGCAGGUAUAACAUUGCAUGAAACAGGGGCGGCCACACUAAAAGCCCAGCUCUGAGUUGCUGUGGAAAUUUAGGGAACAUUGAGGAGAAAUUCUCCUGCAGAACAUAUGUAAGGGAUAAGGUGGCCUAUCAAGCAACUUGGUCCUUAUAUGUAUGUUCUGAAACCUUGAACUUGGCUUGGUAGCAGAUUGUCUGCAGGAUCUGCCCAAGUGUUAUAUGCUGGUAGCAGUUUGUCUCCAGAAGUAGCCCCUGUGUUUUGGACGAAAACAUAUUCAAACAACAACUGAAGACCUCCAUCUUCUUCUUCUUCUUCUUCUUCUUCUUCUUCUUCUUCUUCUUCUUCUUCUUCUUCUUCUUCACAACUGCCUUCCAAAGCUAAGAUUAUUUGGCCCUUUGAGAUUUAUGUUGAUUUGGCAAAGGGGCAUCAUUGAUUGGUGUGAUUCCUGAAGGGAUGGUUUCAGCCAAGUCAGAGAAGGAACAAGCUCUGAUGACAGUGGUUUAGAAGGAAACACGGAGUUGUUCAAUUAUUCUAGACAAUGGCUUUGGACUUGCCUGCACAGGGUAGCUAAUGUAAGGGAAAUCUGAAAUCUAAGCUGCAGUUACUACAGCGGACGAUCCCUUUGCGUAAAGACAAAACCAAAAUGCAAACCACUUUCUGAAUUGGCUGUAUCUCUUCUGUUGCGGUGGCGAUAAUGUGAAUUAAGUAGGAACAAAAGAUGCUUUCAGAAGAGAGAAAACAUUUUAUCAUUGCAUUAAUCUAGUGCAGGGAAAGUCUUGGACACAUCUUAAGAGGAUCAAAAAUCCAUUUUCAGCCUGCCAUCUUGUGACCUCGGCUUCCUGUAAUGCUUCUGAAUUGGCGCCUUUGGGCUUUUGUCUAAUGAGAACGUUUCCCAUUAGGAGACGGUGUCAUAAAAUGGGUGAUCUCAUCCAACUACACUUUCGUAGUAGAGAAACCCCAUGAAACCAUCACCCCUAGGGCCAGCCAAACAAAUGCUGCUGCCUGAGGCAAAGGACAAAACAGAGUCCACCGCCAGUCCUGUAUCUCACAUGCAUUUAAAGCCAUAGAAAACCUCAAACUCAAGAACUCGAAAGAGCAUCCUCUUCCCGAUCUACCUCCCCAUCUCCCUAGAUCCACAAAAGAAGACCUCAUAAUGGUCCAUGUGUUGGAUGAGAUAUGAGGUGUGGGUCCCUGGGAAAGGGUCUUUUCUGUCGUGGCUCCAUGUCUAUGAAACUCUCCGGGCCCAAUUCAUUCUUUUAGACAAAAGGAAAAUAUGUACCUCUUCCACCAAGUCUUUGGAAGCGGAGCAAGGAGGGUGUGUGUGUGUGUGUGUAUUAUUGGGUUUUCCAUGUAUACAUCCUCUAACAAUAUUUCUCUAACAAUUUUCCAUAUUCCCCCCCCUCCUCUGGACUUCCCUCAUAUUCCCAUUUUGUUUUAUUUCCAUAUUACCCACCCUGCGUGUUGUUUCCCAAAAUUUUCCCAAUACAUAUAAUCUUACUUUUUGUUAUAUACAAUUGUGUUUGUUUAUUCAUACCUGGAGGGUUUGGAUCAAUGUUAUGAGUUUCCCCUUGAUGUACUGUUGUUUCAUAAGGUCUUAAAAUCAAUUUGGUAUAGUUUUCCUUAAGUUUGUACUUCUUUUGCUUCUGUAUACUGCCCUAUGCCUGUAGGACUCAUAUAAAUCUGAAUAAAUGGAGGUUUGCCUGACGCCUUCAUUAUACACUUUCAGAUGCCAGGCUGAAAUAUUUCUCUUCAAUCAGGCUUUGGGCUGACAAACAUCCUAUGUCCUUUUAUGUUUGGGGGGGGGCAUUGUUUUGCUUUGCUAUUAUUCUUGUUUUCAUUAUGUGUUUUGCGUUUUUACCUUGUGUUUUUAUAAUGUGAACCACCCUGAGAUCUGCUGAUGAACAGCGCUGCACACAUUUAAUAACUAAUAAUAAAAUAAUGAAUAAAAUAAUGCAGGUGCCAGGCAAACCUUUCUGGGGAGCACAUUCCACAACCAAAGUGCCACCACAAAGAAGACCCUUUCCUGUGUCACCACCGGCCUCUCUCUCUCUCUCUCUCUCUGUGUGUGUGUGUGUGCAUGUGUGUAAUUUGUUAAAUUUAUUAAAUUUUCUGUUUUACAGUUUAAAAUACUCAUUUUACAUCCUUAAGAUAUCAAUGACUUCCCUUCUCUUUCCAUGGUUCAUUUUACAUAUCAUAAAUCCCUGCAUAUUUUACAAAAACUAUACCAUUCAGUAUUCCAUUAUUGCAUCCAUCAAAACUUAUUUACACUGUUGAACUUAUCUUAAUGCCGCCAGCGUUUUCAGCUGUGCACAAUUAUUUCCCAUAUAUUCAAUAAACAUUUUCCAAUUUUCUCUAAACGUAUGUUCUUCUUGUUCUCUUAUUCUAUGUGUUAAGUCUGCAAGUUGUGCAUAUUGUGUCAAUUUAAGUUGCCAUUCUUCUUUGGCUGGGACCUCACUCAUUUUCCAUUUUGGGGCUAACAAAACAUGGGCCGCAGUUGUAGCACACAUAAAUAACCUUUUCUGACACCUGGGAAUUUCAGUCUGAAUUAUCCCCAAAAGAAAGGACUCUGGGUUUUUUUGGGAAAGUACUUUUAAAUGUGCUUAACUUUUGGCUGGAUUGCGACCCUUGUUUUCAGGGCUUGCUUUCCUUGGUUUCCUGCCUCAGUGUACUGGUUGCUAAGUUCCUGCUCCUGCAAGAAGUGACCUCAGCCUCCUUUCUCCUGCCUUACGCACUUUCCCAUUGUUUCUGCCACUCUGCCUUAAAGCAAAAACUUUCCCAUGUAUGGUGAUUAUCAGAGAUCAGUUCCCACUGGAAGAUAUAAAAUUGCAGCUAAGUCCAGCCAUUCUUUCGUAGGUGCGAGCUCUCUCCACGCCGACAGAAAGCCACCCAGUUUCAAUGCAAAUCUGCCUACAGCAGCCGAGUGGAAAGGUCUCCUGACCUUUCUGAAUUGCCUGCAUGGCGCUGGUGGCAUUGUGUGGAAACGUUACAUUUUGUGUUGUUGUCUGCUGGCCUACUUCUCGGGAGAGAGAGGGAUAUUUAUAUCAGCACAAUGUUGUUUAUCAAGAGAGCUCAUUCGCAACCUGCGUGCCAGCACAGUUCUAUGUGCAACAAGAUGGGAGGCCCCUCAGCAAACAGCAUUUUGCAACAUUGCACAGGCAAAGGGCAGCCUUUUUCAUGUUUGCAAAAAUGCCAAAGCAUAGUGUCUGCCAACUGUUAGUUUCAAGAAGGUGAGCUCUGGGACCAGGUCACAGCACAGUCUUCACCAACUCCAGGUGUUGUUGAACUACAACUCCCAUCAUUCUUGAUCAUUAAACCAUGGUGGCUGGGGCUGAUGGGAGUUGGAGUCCAGAACAUCUGAAGGGCACCAGGUUUUGAAAGGCUGACCUGUGGAUAGAAGAGGAGAGGAGGAGUUUGGAUUUGAUAUCCUGCUUUAUCACUACCCUAAGGAGUCUCAAAGCGGCUAACAUUCUCCUUUCCCUUCCUCCCCCACAACAAACACUCUGUGAGGUGAGUGGGUCUGAGAGACUUCAGAGAAGUGUGACUGGCCCAAGGUCACCCAGCAGCUGCAUGUGGAGGAGCGGAGACGCGAACCCAGUUCACCAGAUUAUGAGUCUACCUCUCUUAACCACUACACCACCCUGGUGCAGGGUAACCGGAAGCAAACCAGGACAGGGGUUUUAUGACUUUAACAGUACAUUUGAAGAGAGGAUUUUUUGCCACAACACACGGGAGACAGAAACCAGAGGAGGAAGCAUUUGGUUAGCAGGAUGAUGCACUGAUUGGAAAAGCUCCCCCUGUGAAAUUCUGCCUGCUGUGCACUCAUGAAAGGCACAUAGAGGAGGGAAUGUGGACCACUGGUACCAAAAUGUAGGAGAAACCGACCUAUUAGAAAAGAUAACAGACACAUUUAAACUAGCAAGGGGACAAGCAAAGGAGGAUGCCUUCAGCCCCGUAUGGCUCGCCUUUAUUACGAAUACAGCACAACAACACAAUAACCUACUCCCCCACCCCAGCAUAUGACUCAGUAUGGUUAAUCUGACUCGACCAUCUCCCCCCUGCUCCACAUUCAAGCAAACCAACCAAGCCGAAUGGACCCUCCAAUCUCUCGCAUUCCAACAAAUAUAUAUAUAUAAUCUCCAACCCUGUGAUGCUGUCACACAAACCCUGCACAAGCACUGCGCAAUAGAAUGAAAGAUCAAUACCCCCAUCACUCUCCCCCCUCCUCUUUCUCCCCCCCCAAUUAUAAUAAUGCCUAUGAAAACAAUGUCUCAUACCAAAUGUAAAGAAAUUGUGAACGAGAAUCUAUGAAUUGAAAGUGAAGAUGCUAUAUGUACUUUCUUUUGUUUGUUGCACCAUACGAUCUUUAAUAAAAACUGUUAUGUUUGCCUGAUAUAGAGACCAAUGGUAGCUGUUCUCACAAUUCCUGCCUGCAUUUCCCUCUUCUCCCCUAGGAACUGGUGCUCGUUUCCGCAGUCCCGCCUGGUCACGUAUAUUGCUGUUUGCAAGACGGAGAAAUAUGUAAUUAAGUCUCAGCAACCAUGUCCAAAUGGGACUCCAGAUUGCCAGAAGAUCAUGUAAGGGUGACAGCCUCUUUAAGGGGGUUUCAUGAUAACUUUAAGGCCUUGCCUGCACUAUGCAUAUCCUGGAAUUGGGAGACCCCUGUUCCCCUCACAUUGCUAUAGUGCCCAGGUUAUUUGUUUCUAGAGAUGACGAGAGGGCAGAGAAAGGGCAGGUUGCAAGCUGGAUGUGAUUCUUAGCCCAAGCCACUUGCACUUGCCUUAUAUGUGCAGAGGCUGCCAGGAUGCUCCUAGAAAAAUAUCCCAACACUCCUAUGAGUCGUAAAGAGAUCGUUCAAGUUAUCUAGAAAGAAGGAUGGAAAGAGAUCAGAAGUGGGGCCUCUCCUCUUGCGUGCAUUCCUGAAUGUUAUGCUUUGCUGCAUGCCAGCUCCCACAAGGAUGAGGCAUUUUCUACCAGGUUUCUCAUGGAAGUCCCCUUCCCCCUAUAGGCUAGGUUGGUGUCAUGGACUGGUUGGAUGCAGAGGAAUGGCGGGAGGAACCAGCUGGGGAACUACCAAAGGAAGGAUCAGAGCCUGAGGAGGAGUGGUGGGACAAUGAUGAGGGGUCAGAGGGAGAAGAGAAGACUGGGAAGAGGUGUCGGAAGCUGGAGGGGCAACAGGGCUUAGCGAGCUGGGAGAGACUGUGGCAGAGAGAAGUCGAGAAUCGCAAGUAGAAGCUGGCGCAGGUGAGGUGGAGGAGGGGAGGCUAAGAGGGAGUGAUGAGUCACGGGUGUCUCCCCCUCCUGCUGUGACAAGCUCCCCUCCUCCCAUCUCCCAGAACCAGAAGAGGGCUGAAAUGAUCAGAGCAGCAGCAGAUUGCAGGCAGGCGCAGUCUCCAACUGCUUUGGGAAAGCCCUGGAGAAGAGGGGACUUAGAUGGCUAUGGGAAGGCAGGGCGUUUCAGUCUCAGCAACUGUUUACACGGAAGAAGACCAACAGGGACUGAAUCGCAGUGCUGAUUAGGCCUGAUGCUCAGCUAAGUCAGUAGUGAUUGUGUUUUUGCUAAUAAAGCGUUAAAUUCUGAAUUGCGGGUGAUUUACCAACUGGUAUGCUCUGUGACAGUUGGCAUAUUUCUCUAUUAAAAAGCCAGGGUAUCAGUAUACCCAAUUGCAUCAUCUGAAAUUUUGUUUGCCUGCUAUCUCUCAAGUGUUUGCUUUCCUACCUCUAGGUACAGAGCAGCUUUGAAGCCCGUUUACCAGGUUAAACAAAAAGUCAAGAACAUUUUGCAUUGGAAGUGCUGCCCGGGCUACUUUGGCAGGAACUGUGAACAUCACGGUAAGCAAAGCCCUAAGGUGAAUAAAUGUUAAGGCUGUACACAGCUGUAGGGAUAUCCCAUAAAAUAUACCGGGGCACUUUAUAGGAUGCAUCUAGUUUGUGCUGGGCCUGCGCUAGGCUUGUUCAGUCGACCUGGGAUGCGGGUGGCGCUGUGGUCUAAACCGCUGAGCCUCUUGGGCUUGCCGAUCCGAAGGUUGGCGGUUCAAAUCCCUGCAACAGGGUGAGCUCCUGUUGCUCUGCCCCAGCUCAUGCCAACCUAGCAAUUCAAAAGAACACUAGUCCAUGUAGACAAAUAGGUACCACUGUGGCGGGAAGGUAAAUGGCGUUUCUGUGUGCUCUGGCUUCCAUCACGGUGUCCCGUUGCGCCAGAAGCGGUUUAAUCAUGCUGGCCACAUGACCCGGAAAAGCUGUCUGUGGACAAAUGCUGGCUCCCUCGGCCUGAAAGUGAGAUGAGCGCCACAGCCCCAUAGUCACCUUUGACUGGACCCCUGGACGGUUUUUACCUUUUUUAUCCCAAGGCCCCUUGGGUCACCCCCCUUGCAAUGUGGAAGUCACUGCAGUGCAGUCUGCUCCUUGCUACGCUGCAAAGGUAACAGCAGUGAGUCUUGUGCAGAUGGGAGAAGGAAAGGGAUGGGCAGAGAAUCAUAAAAUUGGAAGGGACCCCAAGGGUCAUCUAGUCCAACCCCCUGCAAUGCAGGAAUCUCAACUAGAUCAUCCAUGACCAGUGGCCAUCCAGUCUCUGCUUAAAGACCUCCGGGGAAGGAGAGUCUGCUACUUCCCAAAGGAGUCUGUUCCACUGUCAAACAGCUCUUACCACCAAAAAGUUCUUCCUAACGCUUAGUCACAAUCUCCUUUCUUGUAACUCGAUGCCAUUGGUUCGAGUCCUACCCUCCAGGGCUGGAGAAAGCAAGCUUGCUCCAUGUUCCGUGUGGCAGCUCUUUAGAUAUUUGAAGAUGGCUGUCAUAUCUCCUCUCAGUCUCCUCUUUACCAGGCUAGUAUUACCCAUUUUGGUUUUUCCCAUUUCCCAUUUCUCACAUUCAGUUUUGUUGGUGGUGGUGGUGUUGAGAAAAAUCAUAAAAAUUAUCAGCAUUUAGUGCAAAUUUCUCCUAAUAAACACAUUUUAUGCAGUGUUGACUAAUAUACAUGUUUUCAAGCAGUUACUCCUGAUAGAACGCGUAUUUUUAUGUGAUUUUCCCACAAAAAAUGUGCAUUUUCAUAAACACUUUUCCUGGAUACACAUCUUUUUGCAUUUUUGUCUUCUUCUGGUAGAGUAGGGGGAUGAGAUUGGCAGAGGUUGGAGAAGUUGGCAAAGUUCCUAUUUUUAUUUUUAUUUUAUUGCAUUGACCUUAGCCUAUGUACUUUGGUCUCAUUCUGCCCCAACUGCUGCAAUAUGGGGAUAAUUGGCCUAACUUACAUGGCUGUCGUAAGGAUUCUCAGAAUGACUGUGAAGUGCUCUGAAUACUCAUAAAGUACUAUACCCAUGGUAAUUAUGUUUAUUUAUAUAUUAGGUGCUAUAAUUCUAAUUCACCAGCAUGUCUGGAAGCAAGAGAUUAAUGUUAGGGAUGCUUUAUGAAUCCAGACUCUACCUAAAUGAAAAUACCCUCCCCCACAGUGCUGAACUGCAAAAAGAGAAUCACUGACUUGGCAAACUUAAUUUGCAGAUCCUAAUUUUCUUCCGGUGUCCACCAAUCAGCCGGAAAGCUGGGAGGAAGAACAAGAAGAGUUCUCCAGCCAGAGUAUGUUUUAAUUCAAUAUAUUGUUUCACCAUUAGAAUAAUGCAUCCCUUAAACCAUUUAUCCGUCUGCAUGACAUUUCUUCAUAGGAUAGAAUAUUUUUGCAAUGUAUGGUGUUGGUCUAUUCAAGCAAAGCAUAGCUACCUGAAUAUUAUUAUUAUUAUUAUUAUUAUUAUUAAUACUUAGAAGUUAACUUCACUGAGUUCAGUCAGACUUACUCCCAGGUAAGUAAGCAUAGGGUUGCAGCCUAACAGAGCUUUGCAAAUGGAUGAGAAACUAAUGGCCCAAAUCUUCCUUAAGUUACAGUCAUACCUCUUGUUACGUUAGGUUCAGGUUACGUUCUUUCAGAAUACGUACCGCGGCGACCCGGAAGUAACUGAACGGGUUACUUCUGGGUUUCACCGCUUGCGCAUGCGCAGACGCUCAAAAUGAUGUCACGUGCAUGCGCAGAAGCGGCGAAUCACAUUCCACGCACACGCAGGCGCGGGUUGCGUUCUGCUCAGGUUGCGAACGCAACUCCGGAACGGAUCCCAUUUGCAACCAGAGGUACCACUGUACUUGAACAACGGGUGUUGUAAUGGUUCUCCCUGACAUUUCUCCUGGGUCUAUAGGGCUGGGGGUGGAGUGGGGGGCAGAGUGGAGCAGGCAGCUGUUAGCUGUGUGCAGGGGUGCUCUGCAGUGUUUUCUAAUGCUUUCCUCCAAGUAAUGCUACCUUCCAGGCUGAGGUAUGUUGUAAAUGGUUUCAUUUGUUCCUGCCCUUUGUUGUUGGGAUCAGGAGAUAUCGCAGAAGCCCAAGAAAGCCACGAAGCCCUGCUGGAAGAUCUGCAGAACGAUAUUCACCAGGCCACGAGCAACUUGGGAGUCUUACAGAAGGUGCUUCAUUAUAACGGCAGCAGCACAAGGCGAGCAGCGAGCCACAACCAAUCAGGUGAGAGCACAGCCACAAAAGGGUGGGUAGAGUUGGGUGCACAAGUCAUUGACGGGCAGGACUCUUGACAAACUGGAGUGUGACUUAAUGAGGGCACGUUGGGGAUCUGGAAGCCCAGCCCUAUUGCAGAAUGGUUGGAAAUGGUGUGCAUUUAGCUUGGAGAAGUUUAAGAGGAGGCAUUUGUAUUUGCAAGUUUUGACACACCACUUGCGCUCAUAGUCCUGGCUCCAGCCCAGAACCAGAUAACGGGUGUGUUUACUUGUACGUAAAGAAGUAUACUUUAAGUAGAGCAGCCUAAAUGUACGAACUCAGCAGCUGGAAAAAGAGCAGGAUAUAGUCAAGAUGUUAUUGCAAGACAAAGGAGCUGCAACAAUAAAUCCGGUCUGAGAGCAAGCGCCAAGGUUCGGGAGUCUGAGAAUAGCAGCAAGGGUUCAAAGACUGCACAGGAGCUGUGAAGUCGUUCCAGCAAGUUUUGCACCUUGCAACUUGCCACAUAGUCUCUUCCUCCCCUUCUGAAUCCUUGUCCUUAAGUGCCUUCCACUCCUGGUCUGAAUCGAGGGUGCUCAGAGGGAACCAUGACACAAAAUUACUGGCCGUAAAAAUCUGCUUCAAAAUCUCCUUCCCCAGCUCAGUCAUCAAGCUCACUGUCUGAGCUUGGCUCAGCCCGUUUUUAUGGGUUACUGUGAUGAUAAAAUGGGUGUUUGGGUGUGUCGAGCACUCAAGUCACUCUGAGCUCACUGAAGGAAGGGUGGCAAUUAAUUGUAUUACAUAAUAAUUCAUGUGCUGCUUGUCCUGCCCUAAGUAUAUUUGCUGGGGGAGUGCUUGAGCUGGCCUGAGCAUUCAAGAUUGGAUGAGCUAUGAUUCCAUCAUCGGCAUCUAAUGAUUAUUAUUACUUGUAUUUAUGAGUCACGUUUUUCACAAAAAAGUGGCCCAAAGUGAUGUACAAAAUAGUAUAAGCGUUAAAACCAAUUAUAAGAAACCAGAACAGAAUAAAAACCUAGAAUCACAUACGUCCCAUCCAAGUAAGAGGCCACAGAUAUCUAAAACCCUCCAACUUAGGGGCUGAGGGCCUGGUUUAAAAGAAAUGUUUUGCCUGGUGGCUGAAACUAAAGAUGGCACCCUGUGUGCUUCCCUUGGGAGAGCAUUCCACAAGCAAGGAGCCACCACUGAAAAGGCCUGUUCUUGUGCCUCCUCCCUCAGACGAGGCAUGGGCAGAAGGGUCUCAGAUAUUGACCACAGAAUCUGAUAUGGUUCAUGUAGGGAGAGGUGGCCCUUGAGCUAUUGGGGUUCCUGAGUGGCAUAUGGUUUUAUAGGUCCAAACCAGCACUUUUGAGUUGCCUUGGGCUAAUUGGUACCCAAUGCAGUUGUGCCACAAUAAAGUGUUAUCUUCUUGCACUGUCUUGCUCCAGCCAGCAGUGUGGCCAUUGAAUUCUGCACCAGCUGCAGUUUCCGAAUUGACGUCAAAGGCAGGCACACAAUUCUAAAGGAAUAACUGCCCAUGUUACCUUAUAUUGUUUUUAUUUGUAUUUCAGAAGUACAGGAGCAAUUCCUCCAGCAAACACUCUUUCCCCAUGUGCAGAGUUUCUUGAAGGAGCAUUUCGACCCAGUCUGGGCAAGCUUCAAUAAAAGUCUACAGGAUCUUUCUGCUGCCGUGAAAAAUCUCUCAAAGAAUGUCGAGGCCAAUCGGAAAAGUAUAGAGAGGUUCCAAGAAAGCACCGUGCCCAAGAAAGAUUUUCAAGAGUUGGGAACGAAGUUUGAAUCCAAGGUUCAAGCCAACAUUUUGAGAGUGGACCAUGUGAAGAGAGAAAUAGAGAGUCAUUUACACUCGCAGCAGGCAGCCUUACACUACAAUCUCACCAUGAUCAAAGCAGACACUGAUCUGAAGCUCAAGAGACACCAAAAGACACAACACUUCUAUUUGUCAGCCUUAAACAGCAGCCUGACAGACAUGAGGCAGCAGCAAAACAAGCUUGAAGAUGAGCUCAAGACUCUGAAUAGAAAUUUAGCAGUAUACCCAAUACAAUUUGGCAGCCAAAACGAAGCAUUUGUUGAGAGGGACAUUCAGAUCCUCAAUGAGACCCUGGCAGCGCAUGCACAGCUGCUGACCAAAAUUUUUGAUGAGUCUGAUGAGGACUACACAGAACUAACCGAUUCCAUUGCGAGCUUGAAAGCCACCUUGAAGCACGACCUGGAGGAGUUCAGAGUUGAUUUAAUAGAGAAGAGUCUUAUAAUAGAGGAAUACAGGGAUGAUCUGGAAAGGAAGAUUCUUGUUCUCAACAACACUCUGUCCAAUAUUGAAGACAGCCACUGGGAUUUAGAGAGGUCUCUGAAAGAAUGUCAUUGCGAAACACCAUCUUCACAUGUUGUUACAGAGGAUCUAGUGAACAUCACUCAGGUCAACAGAGAAGAAAUAAAGCAACUUGAGGCACGCUUAAAGGAUCUUAAUGCAGCUUUCCCUAUUAUACAUCAAGUUCUAGAAAGCCAACAGAAGCAGAGUCAAAAGCUGGAAGGUGGCAUGUCCCUCCUCAAUUCUCAUGCAGAAAAGCUGUCUGACAAUAUUGGCAUCCUGGAAAAAAAUGAUGAGAAGAUGCACGGGCAUAUCAAAUAUCUCAACAGCUCUUUUAACUCUUUGUUGUUUGAUGCAAUGAGACAUGAGCUAGCACUAAAGGCCUUGCUGGGAGAAGAAAACAUGGAGAUCUUGUUGGAAGAGGACUCAAGUCCUGUAGAAUUAUCCAUAGAGCAGCUUCAAAAGACUAUCAGGCUAAUCUCUGACGAACUCAAGGAGCAAAAUUAUACACUGGAAUAUCUUAUGAAGACAAUUCACUCUUUGGAGAUGAUGGACCAUGGAGACAACCCCAAUGUCCAUAUAUCUCUUAAGCAUCCUAUGUUGGAAAGGAAAACAGAGGACACAGCGCAGGAGGUUACCACCCAACGCAGUGGAGUGGAACACAUGGAGCCAAACCAUGAAGCUGCCAUGGAGGAUGCUCUGGAUGACCCAGCAUAUCACGAUAUCAUGACUCUGAAGAAAGAGAUUGGGCACCUCAGCAGGGAGAUGCAUAAAUAUAAGUUGCAGAGGGAUGGUGCUGAUUUCUGCUGUAAUUACACCAUAGCCAGCCUAGUGGAACCACUCAGUGGCUCAGUGGAGAAUUUGAGGGAAGACCUUGCGUCAGCCCAGCAAAUCCUUGAAGAGCACCUGCAGAUCUUUCAAAAGCUGUUUGGAAGCAACAAGGAAUUAGCCGCUGCAAAUGUAAGCUUGGAUGUCACAAAGAUUCAGUCGCUGGUGGGCAGGAGGAUGAGGAAGCAGCUUCAAGAGGGGCAAAAAAUGAGAGACAAGAAAGAAGCCAGCAGUCGUAGGGAAGGUACCUUAAACGGAAGAAACAAGAUACAUGCAGAGAUCCUGGAGGCAGGUACGUUUCUUCCAUCAACCGCCUAUAAUAACCUCAUCAUGAUCUACCCACUUGAGGCUCUCUAGAUGUUUUGGACAUCAGGCCCAACCAGCUUGGGGAAGUUUAUUAUAUUUCAAAUAUUUCUUAACUACCCUCCAUCAAUAUGUUCCAGGGUGAUGCAAAAUAAGUGUAAAUAUUUCAUUGACAGUGGUACCUAGGUUGCUGAACGGCUUGGCUCCCAAGCAAAUCGGCUCCCAAACGCCGCAAACCUGGAAGGAAGUGUUCUGGUUUGCAAACAUUUUUUGGAAGCCGAACUUCCAAUUGAGUGCAGGAAGCUCCUGCAGCCAAUCAGAAGCUGCGUCUUGGUUUUUGAAUGGUUCUGGGAGUUGGACUCCUGGAAUGGAUUAAGUUCAACAACCAAGGUCCCACUGUACUUAUAAAAGUAUUUAUAUACUGCCCUCUCACAAAACAUCAGGGUGGUGCAGAAAGGAAGUCUCCAAGAGAUGCCUGCCGAAUCUCUGCUGGGUGUUCUACAGCAUGGGAAGCCCUGGUUAGAAAAGAACUAGUUCACACCCAUGAACAGCUGCUGCCAGUCAAGAGUAGGCAGUUGUGGGCUUGGCCAUGGGCAGGGAGCCCUGGGACCCUCCAUAUGCAGCUGAACUCCAGCUCCCAUCAGCCCCAGCCAGCAUGGCCAAUGGUCAGGAAUGAUGAGAGUUGGAGUCUAGCAACAUACUAGGCCAAAGAUUCCCCCAUCCCUGGCAGACAAAUAACCUGACCUAGCAUAAGGCAACUUCUUAAAUUUCAAUUGCAUUAAAGCAUAUGAUAUUGUUGUUGAUUAUGAUGAUAAUACCCCACCCAUCUGGCUGAGUUGCCCCAGCCACUUUGGGCAGCUUCAUGUCCACAGGAACUUCUAGAUCUAUUUCAUAUUUCCUCUCGGCAAACUCCACUCUUAUUCUGAACUAUUGAUCAGGAAGCUUCUGGACUCCACCAAGCCAGUCCUGUCAAUAAGUGCAGAAGAGAACAUUUAGUCCGCUACACUCUGAAUUUUGACGGAACACAUCCUAACAAAGGUACAAGAGCCAUUAUGAUGCCAGCACUUUCUGAAGCUUAGCAUCAAAUGAGCAUUUUCAGUUUAAACCAGAGUUUGAUUGGAGCGUGGAAAGUAGGUAAUCCAUUGCACAGAAAGAAAAUAAGUAUUUAAAAGUUGUUGAAAUUCCCUCUUCUAUAGGAGUGCCACUUUUGCCAUGCCAUAUGCUGGCAAAACUCUGUGAUAAAAUUCAGUGAGAUUUAUAAAUGGCUUACAGGGGUGGGUUUGCAUGGAACAAAAGGGCACAUAAGAUAUUGUAAGUUUCACAGAUGGGGGCAAGGAUAAUACUGAGUAUUUUAAAGUCUUAUCCUAUCCAAACGAACCUUAGUUUCCACUUGAAUUGUUUUUCCUGAAAGGGCGGCACGGGUGCCGUGAGACGGCCAAUUAUGUAAAACAGUGAACAACAUAACUCAGGGAGUUUGUGCUAAAGAGGCACAGAACUCAACAGUGGUUUCUUGAAUUAGUUUGCUCGUUGAAUUACAGUGUAGCUCCAUCUCCUGGCAGAACAGUGCUUUUGUUCUGUUUUCUCUGAGCUGUAGUCUAGAAAGGUGUGUUUCAACAUUUUGACAACUGGGAAAACCCAUGCAAAUUUCCAGAGCCAACCUGCAGAUUUGGUAUGAUGGUCUCGCCACCCCAUUGCCCCCCCCAACAUCCCCUCCCUUCUCUUUACCUAGUAGUAGCUAUAACAAAUGCACACUAAGAGCCCCCCCUCCCCAAAUAAUUAUCCUGUCAUAGUUGCCAACAGUGUGCCUUGGAAUAUGUAGUUUUUCCCUUUACAGAAGCCCUUAGAGCAACUACCGCUCCCGUAAGCCCAAACACCUAGUCACGGAGGGAAAGAAAAAUACCUCUUGCCACCCCAAACAUUCCCCUCUUGCCUCAUCCGAGUACCUGGCAAAGGGGGAAUGUGGGGCAGGGGUGGCUUUGUAAUGUGAGGCAGCGGCAGUGACAAAUCCAGGGAUUCUGCAGCUGUACUCAAUAUCCAAGCAGGGAAGAAUUUUGGGAAAUGGAAGACCUACCUCGUUUUUGAGAUGGAAGCUCACCUCAGCGCCUGGCCUGGGAGACACUUGAAAGCAUCUUGCCCGGUAAACUGGAAAUGUUCUGGGACUCUGGAUAACUGUAUGCACUGUAUGUAAACUCUCCCUCUCCCCCAUCUAGGUACAUAUGUGGCCUUUUAUGUGAGGUAUUCGGAAGCCAGAGGAGAGCUGAGCCUCAACGGAACAUAUCUUAAUUACGGAGGGGGUUAUUUCCCUGAACACGGCUACUUCAAGUCUCCUCAUACUGGGGUUUACCUUGUUGCCAUCAGCGUGGAGCUUGCACCAGGACCUGCCUUGGGGCAACUGGUCUUCAGCAACCGGCAAAGAAUGACGCUCAUUGACACCAAAAAGAGAAAGGCAAGUGGAGGCUCUCUGGCUACUUUUGCACUUGUGGAGCUCAAGAAGGGUGAGCUCAUGUGGUUUGAACUGGUGCAGGGCACUGGAGCGAAGCAGAACCCAGCUGGAUUAAGCAUGGCUGGAUUUCUGAUAUUCAAAACUUGAAAAAUAAAAGGUCCCAAAGUCAUAAAUGAUACUUUGCUAUACACACACGGCUAACCUGUACUAGCCCAAAGACGGCGAGUUUUGCUGUGUGCACUUUUAAAUGUAGUCCCAGCCCUUGAUUCGCCUCAGUGCUGCUUCCUAGAAAUAGUUCAGUCGUUGCUUAGCGGUGUCACAAAUGAGGAAGAAAUGGAGUUUGUAUGUUGCAAAGGCUUUGUGAAAGGCAUUAGAGCAAGGAUGGGUCACUUGUGGCCUUCAGCUGCUGCUGGAUUCCCAACUCUUCUUGGCCCUAGCCAUGAUCAGUCAGGGAUUAUGGGAAAUAUCAGGAAGCCCCAGGUUUUCCCCGCUCCAUCCCUUUGAUACUUUAUCAUGCAUUUGAUUCUAUUCUUCCUCAGACUAAAAAUGCUCCCCUUGUCUUAUUUAUAAGAACAUUGUUCAUUUUUCACCGGAUAUAAGUUUCCAGUGGAAAAUCAUUCAUUUCAAGAUUUAUUUUUUUAUAUAAAAAAAAUCCAGGACAGGCCCUCCUACAUUAAAAAAAAAACUGGCAUGGUGCCAUUCUCUGUCAUGCUAGCGAUAUCAGAAAACACACAGGAGGGACUUUCAGAUGAACAAAAUGAGGCAUUUCUAUUCCUAAAGUGUUAUGAAAUUAUGGUGUCUAUACUUACGAGGACUGUAUCACUUUGCGUACAUUCUCAAUAAAUACUCUUUGUUUUGUACACCUGGCUGUAGUUUUGCUUUGCACAUUUUAAUAGUUCAAGUGCAGGAAUCAUAAAACUUCCACUGAUAAGCAUUUAACCCAGUUUCAUGUAGAUGUGCAAAUACUGGACAUCAAAUGAUUAUUUCAAGGCCAAAUUAUUGUGAAUAAAACUCCUCAUAUGCAUGAUUCCAGCUAACUGUGAAUAUACAUUAUCUGUAUGUACUUUGAUAAAACUAAACUAUGUGUGUGGUUUGUUUUAUAAAUGCUACAGAAAAAGGUUCAGCAGACAGGGGAAUCCUAA